AUGGACGCAACGCGUCAAGAGAAUGCCAAAUCUUUUUCCGGAUAUAAAUGGACUUACUUCUCCUCUCUAAAUGCAGGGCCCAUCCGCUCUCGUGCAGAGUCCUUCUUAGAUGCUGUAAAAUGGCCGCGGCUACUUGAAUAUGCCUCGAAGCAACGCAACGGAGCCAAUGCGUCUAUUCUUCCUGCUAUCGGCCUCGGUGGCAAUCACAUGGUCCGAAUCAUCGAGUUCAAUGAUGGAGUCCGAUGGGUGGCGCGACUGCAGCUACCGCCGCUUCCAGAUUCAGGUUCAUUUGAAGGCAGCCUUGAAGCCAAGAGCAGCUGUGAAUUCAACACUAUUCGUCUACUCACAAAAACCUCUGCUAUUCCCACACCUGUAAUCCACGCUUUUGAGCCGGGUCGUGACUCAGGUGUGAACGCGCCAUUUUUCCUCAUGGACUGCUUGGAGGGAAAUGUUGGGAUGGACUUGGGAAUGGAUAUUCCUACGGCUCACAAGAAGAAUUUCUUCAAAGAGCUAGCGAAAAUCCAUGUUGACUUAUCCAGGAUCCAGCUCCCUAAAAUCGGAACUAUCACGGCAAUGAAUGCAGAUGGUACAUUUCAGCAGGGGCCGAUACCUGGAAUUGGUGGCCCCUUUGACACAGCAACUGAUUUCUUCAGGGCAUGGGCCACUAAGAAACAUUUUGGGGCGUCCGAUGACCGUCUCCGGGCCUUAUGUGGCCCAUACGCCGACGAGAUUGUCCCUUCAGUCACAUCUUUCACGAAAUCAGUGGCUGAUAUAGCUGGGGAAAUAUCUGCCGCUCACGACAAGGGCCCGUUUCCUCUCUGUCACGGUGACUUCGGUCAUAACAAUAUCAUUGUUGAUGAUGAUUAUCGUAUAUUAGGGGUUAUUGACUGGGAAUCAGCUUUCGCUGGACCAUGGGAAGUCUUUGGAGAAUUUCCGCUGAGCUUGUCUGUUGUCCCUCCCACAAUGAAUCUUCCAAAGGACUAUGACGAAGCUGGCUGGCCCAAAGAUCCUGCAUUGGCCCAGAGAUUUGUGGAUCGCGUGGAUUAUAUUGAUGCUGUGAGGCAGGAAGAGGAAGGGAGGCAGACUGUUGAUCACACUCUAUCCGAUCUUCUUCAAGAUACCAAACGGCAGCACCUCAUCACAGCAAUGCACCUCUUUGAGAAUGGCAAGCCUGGGUUCUACUCCAAGGUGGUGGAAAACUUCGUAACCUCGAGAUAG